UCACACUGACACUUGACAGCAUAGGCCUAGUGUGUGCCGAAUUCGCUCAUUGAAUAAUUUUUGCUAUUGAGCGGUACACACAACUAUUGUGCCGGUGAAAACAUUGCGGACAAGAUGCAAGACGAUAAAGUACUGCGACAAGGUGUGAUUCAAAAUUUGGAAAGCUGGGUCAACAAACUGGAAUGUGGAGGCGAUGUUGAGAAGCAGCACCUCUUCAAGAAACGAUUCCUCGACAGGCUCAGGGUAUCCCCUAUAGCCACUGAUACAGAGGACGCUAACAAGCAGCACUAUGAAGUUCCAACAGAAUUUUUUGUUUCGGUCUUGGGAAAAAGACUGAAAUACAGUGGUUGCAUUUGGCCCAAGGAAGUAACUAAACUUGAUGAAGCUGAAGAUGCCACGCUAGCGCUUUACUGUGAAAGAGCUAAAGUUGAAGAUGGCCAAACUGUUAUGGACUUGGGUUGUGGCUGGGGAUCCCUUACACUUUACAUCUUAGAAAAAUUCCCCAAGUGCCAAGUCACCUCCGUUUCAAACUCCAAGACACAGAAAGUUUUGAUUGAGGAGAGGGCUGAAAAAAUGGGUGCAUCAGACAGGCUGAAAGUGAUCACAGCAGACGCCAAUGUUUACACCACAAGCGACACUUUUGAUAGAAUUCUUUCCAUAGAGAUGUUUGAGCAUAUGAAGAAUUAUGAAUCCCUGUUUCAUCGUGUCUCUACGUGGCUGAAGCCCAAUGGGCUAUUGUUUCUGCAAAUAUUUUGUCACAAACACCACCCCUAUGCCUUUGAUGUUAAGCCAGGCUCUGACACAGAAUGGAUGGCUAAAAAUUUCUUCACUGGUGGAACUAUGCCAUCCAGUGAUUUGUUUUUGUUCUUUCAGGAUGAUCUCAGUCUUGUGGACUCCUGGGUUAUCAAUGGCAGCAACUACUCCAAAACUCUAGAAGCCUGGCUGGAGAAAAUGGAUGCAUGCAAGGAACAAGUAGCUGAAAUAUUUGACAAAGCUUACGGUGACGGAGCUAAGCAGCAAAUCUUUAACUGGAGGCUGUUUUUUAUCUUUUGCUCUGAGGUGUUUGGGUACAAAGGGGGGAAUGAAUGGCAUAUUUCACACCAGCUGUUCAAGAAAAAAUUGCUGAGCGCUUUGUGAAUGUGUGUCUGUCUUGGCAUUAUUGAAAAAUAAAAUUUAAAAUUCACACAUGUUUUUUGCAAUGUAUGUGUGUGUGUGUGUGUGUUAGUUUUAAAGACCCAAUUAAUGACAGAUUGAUUCGAUUGUGAAAAUAUAACAGCUAUCUAUAUUUUCUUACUGUGAAAUUCUGUGAUAUGUUCUUGAUUUAACAUGUAACACUAUUUGGCAUUAAAUGUUUUUUAACUAUUUCUAUAAUUAUACAGCUAUAUUCUUUAAACACAUUUAUAUUGAGUAAUAGGCCUGACCAUUGUUUAUGAUUUUAAAAAUGUUGUUUAUGUGAUAGUCAAUAUUUAUAAACUAUUGUUAAUUGUUGAUAUAAAUAAUACCAAUAAUUUUUCUA